AGAAAAAUUCAACAUAUGAUCGUGUUACAUGUGAUUCUGUCCAUUCAUACUAUACCCUACUUCAUAUUUCAUGAAUGUAUUUAAAUUUGCUUUACCAGGAGACUUCACAUCCGCAUAAACAUAAACAAGGAAUCAGGAGGGAGAUUAUUCUGCUGCACGUUUCCCCUGGCCAUGGCCAAAUCGCAGAGUAAAGAUUUUCAGGCUGUAGAUGGGCCCAAUUCGCCUAAAGAUGUCCGAGCAAAUUUGAAGGAUAGUUGGGCACAAACAACACCAGAUUUGAAUUAUGGUUUUACAUUAAAACAUCCGCUGACAUUAGAAGAUCCGGAUGGUAUUGACUUGUUCCACUUGGGAUGUUAUCUCGGAUGGAAGGCUAAACCGUUCUUCCAGUCACCUCAAAAAGUUUUCUCAAGACCAGUAAUCAAUGUUGGAGCAACUGAAAUAGAGGAAACAGGAGACACAACUCUUUCCCAAGAAGUACAAAAAGGCCGUAUCGAAGUCAACAAAGAUUCCGGUGAUCACGGCCCAGUGAUUGAGUCAUCCCAAUCAUCGGCGAAAAAAAUAUCCAAGCAGCUCACAUCAGAGUUUAUGAAGAGUUAUUCCGAGAAUGAAAUGUUUCUGGCAAAGUGGUUGGGAGGAGAUGUACUGAGUAAAGAAGAACCUGCAAGCUUGCAUAGUACUGUGUUGACAACUAUUGCCGAAAAAGAUGAAAUUGUGCAGCCAAAAAUAACGGAAACACCAAACGUUCUAAAUGAACAAAAAGAACAAUGCAAAAAUGAUAAUAUUGAGGAAAAUAAUAAAGUGGAAAUAGAGGAUAUAUUGUCUGAAAGUGAAGAAUUAAUAGUCGUAGAGCUACCAAAUAAAGCUGAAAAGACACAAGAAGAAAAUGAAACUCAUCAAGAAAUAGGUGCAAAUGGUGAUAAUGAUGAUAAACAACCUAAUAAUCACCAAAAUCAAAUCAAUAACAAUGUAAUGCAAGAAAGCUGUACAAGCCUCCAAACCUACAUUGUAGACCAGGAGGAACAUGAUGAAAUCACGUUGGAGGAAAGCAGUUCAACCGUGUGUACAGAAGUCACCAUAACUGGUGAACUGAGUGAGGGAGGUGAAAUUGAAAGCGAUUACGACGACAAUCUGGAUAGUGACAGGGCAGAGUCUAUUAUUUACAUAAAGUACUGUUGCGAUAGAGCCAACAGAGAUUACAGUUCAGAUAGAUACGAAUAUGAAACUGAAGACAUUGAUGGUGAAAGUGAAUAUUGCCUCUGGGAUGAAAAUAUCGCUUCUCCAGAUGAUGGAGAUGCUGAAAGUGUGAAAACUGACAGUUGCUCAAGUAUAGAGUCUGCUAAGUCCACUCAUUAUACUUCAGCCUACAGCCAAGAACAGAAUUGUUUCGUACAAAUUCUAGAUGAACUGAGAAUCAUCAAAGAAGACAUUCAGAGACAGGCAAGCAAACAGAACAAGACCCAAGAAGAAAUUUCUGUUCAACAAUCGAGCAGCAAAGAACAAUCUGUAAAUGAUGAGCAAAUGGUCUUUGCAGAUGACAAACAACCUAAGAUCUCUAUAGAAAUUACUGAAAAAUGUGAUAAUUGUCACCAAAAGCAAGUUUUACAGGACUACAUUCAGAUUAUGACAAGAAUCCAAAAAAGACUAAGCGAUGGCACGUCAGAAUACAGAGCCCUUGAAGACAUUAACCUCAUAUCGCAAUCUGAAAAUAUUCUUGAGCCUCUGAUGAGAAUGAGGGAAACUAACAAAGACCCUGACAUUGAUGAAGUGCUGCAGACGAUUAUCGAUAGCAAGUCCAGUAGCAGCAAAAGCGUGAGUUCAGAAGACACUAAUGUGGCAAAUAGUGAUACAAAGAACCAAGAGAUGGACGAGUCAUAAAAUUAAGCAACCAGUUGUAUAGAAUGUUUCCCUCUUUAAACAACCAUAGUAAAAAAUACAUCAUAUAUACACAUUUUAUAUUUGUGAAUUAAAACAUGUUUUUCACUUUAA